UCCUGGGAGCAAGGAAAGUACAGUGUUGCUGUAUAAUCUCCUUAAUGCUGCAGGUAUUAGUGUGGAUUGGACAGUGCGCUUGCCGUGUGUCCUUCAUACCUGACCCUCAGCAGACUUUAACUGGUGCAGAUUUGCUGGUGAUGGGGACACUUCUGUUGCCUUCUCCUUAGUCCACCUCUCCUGCCCGUGCUUCAUGUAUCCUAAAGACUAAGGGGCGAAUGCUUCCCCCAAACAGCGUUCCUCCUCUUCUCAUCAGGCUUUUCUGGGAUGCCCAACGGAACCCUCCAAAUUUAGCAAAUAGCGCACAAGGCCAAGCCAAAAAUGAAGCACAAGCAUAGGAUAAUACCCAGCAGCAUCUUUCCAUAGGUGACAAAUAAUUUUGUGCAAAGCAAAAGCUUUUUCUGGCUCUUGCUCCUUUAGCCAGGCUAGGCUGUAAUGAUGCAUCUACACAGGAGAAAAAGACUGCAGCUGAACCGAAUCUUCUUUAUAGUUUGUGUGAUGUUCCUUUGCUCCCUUUACCAGCUAUCAGUUGAUCAAAAGAUGAAUUUAGAACCUUGGCCAGAGACAAAUUUGGAAAAUCCUAGUUCAGUGAAGGAUGAAGAAGCAGACAUGACCAUGAAAGUGUCUGCUAGAGAAGUAUUAAACCAUACUACCAGCACCACCACCAGCACCACCAGCACAACCACCAGCACCACCAGCAGCACUACCACCUCUACUUCAGUCAUAACUACAGAUAACGUAACAGAAAGGACCAAAACCAGGCACUGUAUUUUCGUGGACCCAGAUCCCAUUACACCCAUUAUUAAACCAAGAACCACUACUCCUGUUUCAACAACCACCAACAAACCCACCAGACCUCCAUUACCUCAUGCAAAAGGAGAGUAUCCUAAGGAUGUGUUCAACAUCGAGCAACGUAGAAAUGGCUGGGUGGCGCUUCACAUCUUUGGUAUGAUGUAUGUAUUUGUGGCCUUGGCCAUUGUCUGCGAUGAGUUCUUUGUUCCAGCAUUGGGAGUCAUCACAGAAAAGCUUCAGAUUUCCGAGGAUGUGGCUGGUGCCACGUUUAUGGCAGCUGGUGGCUCUGCACCUGAACUUUUCACCUCCCUGAUUGGGGUGUUUAUUUCCCACAGCAAUGUUGGUAUUGGAACUAUCGUGGGCUCUGCUGUCUUUAACAUCUUGUUCGUAAUUGGAACUUGUGCCCUUUUCUCCAGGGAGAUCCUCUACCUUACAUGGUGGCCUCUGUUUAGAGAUGUGUCAUUUUAUAUUCUCGAUUUGAUAAUGCUGAUCAUCUUCUUCCUUGAUAACUUCAUCCUCUGGUGGGAGAGCGCUUUACUCCUCAGUGCCUACUGUCUGUAUGUCAUUUUCAUGAAGUUCAACACCCAGCUGGAGGGCUGGAUGAAGUCACAGCUUUUAAAAAGGAAGCGACUUGUAAAAGUUAUGGCGCUGGAAGACACAACCAAGAAAGGCAAUGGGUCAGUGGCAGCGAAUGAGCCAAAGCCACCUGAAGACAACAACAGAUUAAAGCUGAAGCCAUUUCUAACCAGAGGCGGAAGCUCAGCCUCUCUGCACAAUAGUACCAUGCGCAGCACCAUCUUCCAGCUCAUGAUCCAUACCCUGGACCCUCUUGGAGAAGCAAAGUUUAAAGACAAGGCUGAAAUCAUGGACAACAUGGCCAAGGCCAAGGUAGAAUCAAAAGGACUCAGACACAAAGAUGGAAAGGAUGAUGGUGAGGUCCAAACCACAGUGAAUGUACAGGUGACUCCCCCCACUGGGUCUCAGCCAUCCAAGGAUGGAGAAGAUGAAGGAGACAAAGACGACACCCAGAAGGGCACAGCAGAAGCACCUGAUGGAGGAGGAUCUGGAAGCAGUGGUGAUGACAGCAAUGAUGAAGAUGACAGUGAUGAGGAUGACAGUGAUGAUGAUGACGAGGAGGAGGAUGAAGAAGAGGCAGAUGAACCUUUAUCCUUAGGGUGGCCAGAUACCAAAAGAAAGCAAAUAACCUACUUGUUUCUCCUGCCCAUUGUGUUCCCUCUGUGGCUAACAGUGCCCGAUGUUAGAAGGCCGAAAUCGAGGAGGUAUUUUGUCUUCACAUUUCUGGGCUCUAUCAUGUGGAUUGCUAUAUUCUCAUACCUCAUGGUCUGGUGGGCACAUCAGGUGGGGGAAACCAUUGGCAUUUCAGAAGAGAUUAUGGGUCUGACCAUACUUGCCGCUGGCACAUCAAUCCCAGAUCUUAUCACUAGUGUCAUAGUGGCAAGGAAGGGCCUAGGAGACAUGGCCGUGUCCAGCUCUGUGGGCAGCAACAUAUUUGAUAUCACUGUAGGGUUACCGGUCCCCUGGCUCCUGUUCUCAAUGUUUAACGGUUUCAGUCCUGUGGCGGUCAGCAGCAACGGCCUGUUCUGCGCCAUCGUCCUCCUUUUCCUUAUGCUUCUCUUUGUUAUAUUCUCCAUCGCUGCCUGCAAGUGGAAAAUGAACAAACUGCUGGGAUCCACCAUGUUCAUACUGUACUUUGUGUUUGUCAUCGUCAGUGUGAUGCUGGAGGACAGGAUUAUUGUGUGCCCUGUAUCUAUAUAAGCCCAUCAU